AUGAACGGUGUUUCGCCCAUGUAUAAUCUCAUAACCAUGGUUAUUAUUUCUGGCAUCGGGAAUGUGUCAGCCGGCGGUAUUGCGUGGUUAUUUGUAAAGGAAGCUUUUGGCGGCAUGGCAUUGGGAAUAUUAUUAGGAUAUGCCGGCUUCCUGCUUUUGCGUUCAAUAGAUAAUUACAUAGUGGAAGUAUUAAUUACCCUUGCUAUAGUAAUGGGCGGAUACUGGUUAGCCGGUUAUUUGCACGUAAGCGGACUGCUGGCAAUGGUAAUGGCAGGCAUUAUUACCGGCAAUAAAAGCAGGCAGACAGUUAUGAGCGAUAUGACCCGAGAUUACAUAGAUAAAUUUUGGGAAAUGAUGGACGAGGUGCUGAAUGCAAUUCUAUUUUUACUGGUAGGUGUUUCGCCCAUGUAUAAUCUCAUAACCAUG